AUGGCUUAUGAUGAUGAUGCUGCUGCUGAGAACAGGAAGCGCUACGCCAUCAUCGGCGUCUCGUCCAUGCUACUGGUUGCGAUGGUGGUGGCGGUGACCGUCGGAGUUAACCUGAACCAAGAUGGAACGAGCGAUCCGGCCACCGGAAAGAAGACUCAUGAGAUAUCUUCUUCUAUGAAAGCCAUCAAAGCCAUUUGCCGGCCUACUGAUUACAAGCGAGAAUGUGUUGAUAGCCUUAAGGGGUCCGGAAAAUCGGACCCGAAGGAAUUGGUUCAGGUUGGGUUCAAGGCUGCCAUGAAACUCAUCCAAGCCGCUGCUAAGAAAUCUGUCACCUUAAGAGAGGUUGAGAAAGAUCCUAGAGCUUCCCAAGCCCUUGCUGUGUGUAAGGAGCUCAUGGAUUAUUCUGUUGACGAACUUAAAUUCUCCAUUCAAAGGCUUGGCGCGUUUGACAUUAGUAAGCUCGAUGAGAUGUUGAUCGAUAUUAAGAUCUGGCUCAGUGCCGUUAUUACUUAUCAGGAAACUUGCUUGGAUGGGUUCGCGAACGCGACAGGGGACGCAUCGGAAAAGAUGAAGAAGGCAUUGAAGACAUCGAUGCGAUUGAGCAGCAAUGGGUUGGCGAUGGUGACGGAGUUUUCCUCCAUGUUGACGGAGUUGCAAAUUCCAGGGAUCGACCGACGACUUCUCAGCAUUCCAGUUCUCGGGCACGAGGAUUUCCCCGAGUGGGUCGACCCCGGUAUACAGCGUCUCCUCGCCGGUUCUCCGGCGAAGAGGAAGCCAAACAUUGUGGUGGCUAAAGACGGAAGUGGGCAGUACAAAACCAUUCAAGAGGCUAUAAACAAAGUUCCCAAGAGGAAGAACAACGCAACUUUUGUAAUCCAUAUCAAGCAAGGAGUGUACAAAGAAUAUGUUGUCAUUCAAAAAAAGCUAACCCAUUUGAUGCUCAUUGGUGAUGGCCCUAAAAAGACCAUAAUCACCGGAAAUAAGAACUUUGUCGAUGGCACGACCACGUUCAAGACCGCUACCGUUGCUGUUUCCGCAGAGCACUUCAUGGCUAGAGACAUCGGAUUCGAGAACACGGCAGGACCACAUAAGCACCAAGCCGUAGCAUUACGAGUCCAAGCAGACAAAGUAGUAUUCUUCAAUUGCGAGAUGCAUGGAUACCAAGACACCCUCUACGUACACACCAUGCGUCAAUUCUACCGUGACUGCACCAUCUCCGGCACGAUCGACUUCGUGUUCGGGGACGCAGCGGCCGUGUUCCAAAACUGCAGCUUCUUGGUGCGCAAGCCGCUGCCGAACCAACAAAACAUCGUGACGGCGCACGGGCGGAAGGAGCGGAGGCAGCCCUCGGCCCUGAUCAUCCAAAAUUCAAAGUUCAAGCCGGAUGCGGAUCUGGUGCCGGUGAAGAAGCAGUUCCGGUCGUACCUAGGGCGGCCGUGGAAGGAAUAUUCUAGAACGAUCAUAAUGGAAUCAUACAUAGAUGACAUAAUAGAGCCGGAAGGGUGGCUGCCGUGGGCGGGGGACUGGGGGCUGAGGACAUGCUUUUACACGGAGUUCAACAACUACGGGCCGGGGUCGGGGAAGUCGAAGAGGGUGAAGUGGAGGGGAAUCAAGAGCAUUACGCCGCAGCACGCGGUGGACUUUACUCCGGGGAGGUUCAUAUUGGGGGAUAGAUGGAUUAAAGCCACCGGAGUACCGUACGUUUCAGGGAUGACCAAACCCAAGGCGGGAGUUGGUAAUUGAUUAUUGUUAAUGUAAUUGUAUUGUUGAUCAUGUAAUUGUAAGCCCUUUUCUUUUCUUCCUUUUUCUCUCUUCAAUGUGGUUUGAGUUGUGUGUGGGCCUCAUUUUAUAUAUUUUCUUUCUUUUAAAUUUAAUUUUUUAUUUUUUUAUUGUU